AUGUCAUUCACAACGGCUCAAAUACCUGAUCUUUCCGGAAGGUCCGUCCUCAUCACCGGCGGUAACAGUGGCUUGGGACUCGCUACCGCACACGCCCUUUACGCUCGGAACGCCAACAUUACAAUCGCAUGUCGUUCGCCGCAGAAGGGACAGGAUGCCGUACGCGCGAUUAAGGAGAAGACACUGACCUCGACGGGUAGUGUGGAAUUGCUCAACCUUGAUUUGAGCAGCGUCAAGUCUACGGUUGAGGCGGCGGAGGAGUACACGCGCAACCACGACAAACUGGACAUCCUAUUCGCCAAUGCUGGUAUCGCUAUGGAGCCAUACCAACUCUCUGUAGACGGGUAUGAGAGGCAAUUCGCAACGAACCACCUCGGUCACUUUGCGUUCAUUACGACGUUGCUUCCGUUGCUGCAACGCACCGCUGCGGCGAAGCCGGAGGGUGAUGUCAGGGUCAUCAUCACCUCGAGCGAGGCACACAGAUUCACUUACAAAGUGAACAAUGGUAUCGAUUUCUCGGCCAUGCGCGGCGAGAAGCGUAAGCCAGACGUUGACCCAACAAGUAUCUGGGAGCUUGGUGAUGCAUUCCGUCGCUACGGUCAAUCAAAGCUAGCGAAUAUCCUCUUCACUCGCGAACUCUCCCGCAGACUGAAAUCCUCCCACCCAAACAUCUAUGUCAACGCAAUCCACCCCGGCGCAGUCGCAACCGGCCUCACGUCCGGCGGCAGUGCUUUCAUCGGCCCAACCCUCACGAAAAUCACCAACUUCCUCAUGGGCUUCUUGGCAAGUAGUGCAGAGAAGGGUGCGCUGACGCAGUUGUGGGCUGCAACGAGUGAGGAGAUUGUGGCGAGGGAUUAUAGGGGGGAGUAUUUUAUUCCGGUGGCGAAGAUGGGCAAGACUACGGAGGAAGCGAAGAAUGAGGAGUUGAUGAGGGAGCUGUGGAAAUGGAGUGAGGGGGCAGUUGAGGGCGUUGUUGGGAAGAGGGUCGGAGGACACGUCCAGUAG